CUUUUCCAGGGUGACCUCUGCCAGACACAUCAGAUUUAUUGCCUUAAUUAUACCUCCACUGUCUUCUACUUGGAAAACCUGAGACAGAAAGAAGAUUUUGGUACAUGUCCGCAGUGGUGUGAACAAAACAAACAGUGCAAGAGGCUGCAUCUAACAGAGCUGCUAGUUGCUCCUUUGCAUCGACUGAUGCGGUGUGUCCUCCUCAACAACAUCUGGAAGAGAAGCACUGAUGAAACAGAGAAAGGUUUUAUCCAGUCACUUAAAAAGAGGGUGAAGCAGAGUUAAUGGGAUCUGGAAGGUAAAGUCAAGUGAUUGGACAACUUUCAGAAGUUCAGGCAGCUGCAAGAGGUCAUAAUUUGUCCUCAGGUCUGGCAUGGUGACAAGAGAUUCUUUGUCCCAGAGUGUUUGAAGCAAAGCCUAAGGGAAAACAGCGGUGAAAACAUUUUGUCUUCAACGAACAGACUUCUCCUUCAUGAAGGGAGGCUAACACUAGCAAGUAAUACUCCUUGGCUCCUUUUCCUGUUCAAUGAUUUCCUAUUAAUUACCAAAAUUAAACAUAACAGAAAGAAAUACGGAGGCUCAGACAUCAGUUUAAUGCCUGUCUGUCCUUCCCUCACUCCUGAGCUGCAGUCCUUCAUCAGAGAGGGUGGAUUUUGCACUGUCCUAGACCAGCCCAUCUCACUAGAUAGGCUGAUACUGAAAAACGUUGACCCCAUCCAUGUUACAGUCUUCAGCCUGCGAAAUGCUUUCCUAACACAGCAUGAAAAUAGGUACCAUCAGUGCAUUGCAGUCUUCUUGCUACAAGCUCAGACAGAGGCUGCUAAGAAAACAUGGAUGUCACAGACAGAAAUGGCAAUGUCCAAUUACUGCAUGCAACAUGAAAUCAAGAAAAGCACUGCUUUCUGCCUCCCAGCUGAAUCCACUGGAAUUCAAUGA